AUGGCAGCAGCCGUCCUCCCAUCCGUCGAGGCAAACACUCGAGCAACAGUCAAACAACUCUUCAGCUUCCUCGAAGCCCAAGGCCAAGGCGACUAUCUCGGAGAAGCAGUCUCCCAACUCCAACACUCGAUCCAAACCGCCACCCUCGCCGAACAAGCCGGAGCCGACGAAGAAACCAUCAUCGGCUCCUUGCUGCACGAUGUCGGACGCUUCAUCCCCGCUGCGGACAAGAUGGCCUCAAUGAUCUCGCCGGAAGGCAAGUAUCUGGGUAAAGGCAGCCAUGAGGUGCUCGGGGAGAGGUAUUUGAGGCAGCUGGGCUUCAGCGAGAUGGUUUGCCAAUUGGUCGGAGCGCACGUGAUGGCCAAGCGGUAUCUUUGCGCAGUUGAUGAUAAGUACCAUGAUGGGCUGAGCUGGAAUAGCAAGAAUACUUUGAAGUACCAGGGCGGUCCGUUUGACGAAGAGCAAGUCAAGGAGGCGAACAAAGACCCUUGGAUCCAGAACAAGGUCUCUCUACGACGAUGGGACGACCUGGCCAAGAACCCAAAUAUGAAGACUCCGCCAUUGUCUCACUACGAGGCGAUGACAGUCCAAUCGCUGAUGGAGUCCCGCUCGCAGAUCGUGUUACAUGGACGAACCUACAACUUGCCGACCAAGGCCACGGUUGCUGUUUGCGUCGAUGGCUUCGAUCCGGAAUACCUGGAGCAGGGUAUUGCCGACGGCAUCAUACCCAACAUGGAGAAGAUGUUCAAGUCUGGCUUCCAUGCUCCAGCGAAAUGUACGAUGCCUUCGUUUACCAAUCCAAACAACGUCUCCAUCAUCACUGGCGUUCCGAUCUCGAAGCAUGGUAUUGUUGGCAACUACUUCCUGGACCGCAAGACCAAAGAGGAGAAGAUGAUCCUUGACGACUCGCUUCUUAUCGAUUCAACGAUCCUGGAGCUGAUGUCUCAGCGCGGAGUCAGAGUUGCGGCAGUCACGGCCAAAGACAAGCUCAGAAGGAUCCUCUCCCACGGUCUGGACGGAGCGGUGUGCUUCUCAUCUGAGAAGGCCGGCAGCUGUAGCGUAGAAGAGAACGGCAUCGCUGAUGUUGAGUCGUGGGUAGGUCGACCACAGCCAUCGCAAUAUUCUGGCGAGCUAUCCCUCUACGUAAUGGAUGCCGGCGUGAAGCUGCUCGAGGAUAACAGGGCAGACCUCUACUACCUGACUUUGUCCGACUUUGUCCAGCACAAGCAUGCUCCUGGCUCAAAGGAAUCCAAUGCUUUUCUGACGGCGCUUGACCAGCGUAUCGGGAAAUUGGUAGAGCUUGGUGCGCAAGUCGCAGUCACCGGCGACCACGGUAUGAGCGACAAGAGCAAGCCCGACGGCACGCCCAACGUCCUCUUCCUCGAAGAUGAGCUGUCCGCCAAAUGGGGCGUGGGCAAAGCCAGAGUCAUCUGCCCAAUCACAGAUCCCUUCGUCCGCCACCACGGCGCUCUCGGCUCCUUCGUCCGAGUCUACGCCAGUCGGAAAGACGACAUCGACGACAUGUUGCGUUUCAUCCAAGGCGUGCCAGAGGUCGAAGUAGCGCUCAACACCGAGGACGCUGUUGAUCAGCUCGAGCUCAUGACUGAGCGAGAAGGUGACAUUGUGGUUGUUUCCAAGAAGAAUGCCGUAAUCGGGAGCCGGAAGGAGGAGCACGACUUGUCGAACCUCCAGGAUCAUCGUCUCCGUUCUCAUGGCGGUCUGUCCGAGCAGGGCAUUCCGCUGCUCAUGUCAAGGCCUGCGACUGGAUUAGAAGAUGUUGGCAGGCAGUGGCGCAACUUUGACAUGUUUGACCUUCUGCUGAACCAUUGA